AUCGAUCCCCAGUUCCGUCCCCAUGUGGCCGUCCUGGGUCAAGACGCGCAGCUCUGACGACUCCGCCGUCGGCGCCGCCGCCUCCACCUCCACCGCCGUCGGCGCGUGCCCUCGCCUCUCCAUCCCCAACCCGUGUCUCAAGGACCUCCGGUCCCUGCUUUCGCCGGACUCCUCCGCCUCCCCGGCGCCGCGCGUCUUCCACCGCCUCCGCGUCGCCGCCUCGGCGCUCCGGGUCCUCCGCGCGAUCCAGCAUCCCGCGUCCCAGUCCCCCGCCGGCGGCAAGGAGCCAGCACCGGGCGCCUGCGGCGGCGGGCGGGUGGUGCUGUACUUCACCUCCCUCCGCGUGGUCCGCGGCACCUACGAGGACUGCCGCGCGGUGCGCGCCAUUCUGCGCGGGCUCCGCGCCGCCGUCGACGAGCGCGACCUGGCCAUGGACCCGGGCUACCUGCCGGAGCUGGCCUCGCUCCUGCCCCACGCGCCGCGCGGCCGCGUGGCGCUGCCCCAGGUCUUCGUGGGCGGCCGCCACGUCGGCGGCGCCGAGGAGGUGCGGCGCCUCCACGAGGCCGGCGAGCUCCGGCGCAUCGUCGCCCCCGCGUCGUCCGGCGGCAGCUGCGCCCGCUGCGGCGCCCAGCGCUACGUGCUCUGCGCCGCCUGCCACGGCAGCCACAAGCGGUACAGCCUCAAGGGCGGCGGCGGGUUCCGGUCCUGCGCCGAGUGCAACGAGAACGGGCUCGUCCGCUGUCCCGCCUGCUGCGUCGUCCCCGCCUCCUGAUCCAGAUCCGAGAUCCAACUGCUCCACGCAAACUCUGUAUGACUGCUUGUACUCUGUACUACUUACUACUCGGGCUUAGGACUACUUGUACUCAGCUUGCCAUCAAACUUGGUUGAAACUAAUGAUGAGUGUCUUGUUGUGGGAGUUACUUUCCUCCGAUCUUCGAUUUUCCGUUUCAGUUCCUUUCCGGUCUGCUCAUGGCUAAUCUGCCUUUCCGUC